AUGGCCCCUUCCCGCCGGAAGAAGCCGUUUCUUCUCCGGCUCAAGCAUUGGUUCUUUCAGCUUCGUUUCUUGGAAUCGCCUUUGCGCUUGCGAAACAGUAUUGCGCGGCUCCGGCACAACCAUUCGCACCCUAUCUUUGCUCUCCUACAACUGUUCAACCCAUUUCCAACCUGGAAAUUCCCUGUCCCAGAACCGGUCCCUCCAAUUCAUAUGCUGGGAAAUGCGAAACUGGAGAAACAUCGACGAACAGGGCUGGUUCACCUACGUACGAUCCCCGUUUGGCGUGCCAGAGACACACCGCUUCGCUCCCUAUAUCGAAUGUACGACGCUAUGAUUUCUGGGGAAUAUGCAUCGCUGGGCCCUGAGACCGAGUAUUUUUGGUAUCAGAGAUGUUGGGCUUUACACGACAUUCCCGAUCCAAAGGAUCCUGACCCCGUUCGAUAUGCCAUUCUGGCGAGUUUACUUGAAGAACUAGUAGUUGCCUUCAAUUGGCGAUUAAGCCUAGGUUUGAGACGAGAUCGGAAGCACAUAAUUCGCGUCCGGGACAGCGAUCCCUAUCCUCCAUACGACCCGGUUGUCGCCCCACAGUGGACCAGUACAGUGAAACCCAUCAUUCCAGCGGAUAUAUUGGGGUUUUCGCAAGACUACGUUAGCGAAGGAAAAUUGGUUUUGGAGAAAUCAGGACUGGCCGAUAUCUUCGCCAAACGAAGUAUAGUUACAAAUGUUGGGUGGCUCUAUACCAUUUGA